GGCUUACCUUGUUCUCUUGUUCACUUCUGUUUUUUUCAUCUUUCAUUCUCUGGUUCUCGCGAACUUUCGUUCUCCUGAGGACUCAGUCAUUUUCCGCAAGGAACUUCUUCAAAUACUUAAACACCAUUCAUCUUGUUUCUGAUCUUCCAUGAAAUCAAAACAAAUGUAAUUAGCAAGGCUGAAUAGUACUACUACUCUCUGUGCGUUGGGUGUAUUAAUAUACCUGGAUUCGCUCUCUGGUACCGGGUUCUUCGCCAAGCAAAUAGCACCCAUGUUAUCAUUCAAGAAAACACAAGUCCUAAGAAUGAUUCAGGUCAAUUUUCUGCUUGUUUAAUACAAACGUACGUACGGUUGGAAAGAGAAAGAAAAGGAAAAGCAACCUCGGAGAGAGGCCUGGAUUUCAGCACUUGAUAGCUGUAAAUCAAAAGUACUUGGGCUCUUCAUUUUUGACUUGUAAUUGGCCAAAGUCAUGGAUUUCAGGAGUCCUUCGUUUGUAAGGUUAGAGAGAUCUUCGAGUUUUGAGCAGAAAUAUCCAAGAAACAUCAGAGUGGUUUUUGGCAGAGUUUUGGAGAGUUUUCAGAGAGGAGUUGCGAGAGUUAAAAGUCUAAAAACUAAACAAAUAAGCACCCGUUCUGUAGGGGAUUGGCCAAAAAAAGAGUCUGGUCGUAAUAGGGAAGUCUUUGAUCCACAGGAUCAAUUUCUACAAACAUGGAACAAAAUAUUUGUGCUUUCUUGUGUGAUAUCAGUGGCUGUGGACCCAUUGUUCUUUUACAUCCCUGUGAUGAAGGACAAGUUGAAGGAUGGGGACAAAUGCUUAGAUUUAGACAACCAACUGGCAAUUUUUGCUUCUGUCAUUCGAUCCGCCAUAGAUGCCUUUUAUGCAAUUCAUAUAUUGUUUAAAUUCCAUACAGCAAUUUUCCUCCCGGCAUGUCGAGGGUUUGGAAGGGGUGGGUUGAUUAAGGAUCGUAUGGCUAUAGCAAAAAGAUACCUAUUCACCGGCCACUUAAUUAUUGACAUUCUAUCAAUUCUCCCAUUGCCACAGGUGGUAGUUUUCGUUAUCACUCCCAAAUUAAAAACUAAAGUUCCAUUGGUCAUUAAGGAAAUGUUGAAGUUCGUAAUCUUCUCCCAAUAUGUGCCGAGGCUUUGGCGGAUCUAUCCACUAUAUGUAGAAGUAACAAGAACAUCUGGCAUACUAACUGAGACAGCAUGGGCUGGAGCUGCUUAUAAUCUGUUCCUCUACAUGCUUGCAAGUCAUGUAGUUGGUGCUUUUUGGUACUUGUUGGCCAUUGAACAAUGGGAUGCAUGCUGGCAGGAAUGGUGCAAGGAUGAUCACGAUGGUUGUCAAGAAUCUUUUUACUGUGGUAUUCGGCAUAAAAUUAGCUUUGGAACUCAAAUAAGUCAGGCUUGCCCUUUUAUCAAGCCUGAUGAGAUUAAGAAUUUAACUUCCUUCAACUUCGGAAUUUUUAUUGAUGUUCUGAGGUCUGGAGUGGUGGAAUCAAGAGAUUUUCCAAAGAAAUUCUCCUACUGCUUUUGGUGGGGUCUGCGCAGUCUGAGUUCUUUUGGCCAAAACCUGUCAACAAGCACAUAUGUUUGGGAGAUAGCCUUUGCUGUUUUCAUUGCCAUAUCUGGAUUGGUCUUGUUCUCAUUACUUAUUGGCAAUAUGCAGAAAUAUCUGGAAUCCACAACAGUGAAAGUAGAAGAAAUGAGAGUGAGAAGGACUGAUGCAGAACAGUGGAUGUCCCAACGUAUGCUCCCUGAUAACUUAAGGGAGCGGGUCAGACGAUAUGAACAAUACAAAUGGCAGGAAACCAGAGGUGUCGAGGAAGAGAAUCUCAUUCGUAACCUUCCUAAGGACCUCAGGAGGGACAUAAAGCGCCAUCUUUGCUUGGAUCUUCUCAUGGGAGUGCCCAUGUUUAAAAAGAUGGAUCAGCAACUGUGGGAUCCGCUGGUUGAUCGUCUCAAGCCAGUGCUUUACACAGACAAGAGCUACAUUGUUCGUGAAGGGGACCCAGUGGACGAGAUGCUCUUUAUCAUCCGAGGAAACCUAGCCACCACGACUACCAAUGGUGGAAGAACUGGUUUCUUCAACUCUGCUGAUCUUAAUGCUGGUGACUUUUGUGGUGAAGAGCUUCUUACUUGGGCCUUGGAUCCCCAGACGUCGGCCCCCAAAUUCCCCACCUCAACUAGAACAGUGGAAGCGAAAACAGAGGUUGAAGCCUUUGCGCUGAUGGCCGAAGACUUGAAGACUGUAGCCUCUCAGUUUCGGAAACUUCGUAGCAAGGAGCUCCGACACAAUUUCAGGUUCUUCUCACAACAAUGGAAGACAUGGGCGGCAUGUUUUAUCCAAUCAGCUUGGCGCCGGCACUGUAAGAGAAAGCUUGAGAAGGAAUUGCGCGAGUCAGAAAACAGACUGCAAGAUGCUUUGGCAAAUGAAGCUGGCACCUCGGCUAGUCUUGGUGCAACUAUUUACGCAUCAAGGUUCGCUGCCAAUGUACUUCGAACCUUGAAACGGAAAAGGGCUGCAGCACGCACCACCAGAGCACCACAAAGAGUGCUACAGUUAAUGCCACAGAAACCUACUGAUCCCGAUUUCACUGCUUAACGUACGUCAUUAAAAGUAGUAUAUAUAUAUGCUGUUUCAAGUUGAUUAUAACGCAGUAUUUGUUUUUACAUAAAGGUUUUUGAAUCCAUAGUUUUGUGUAUAGCAUGUUUUAAUUAUAAGCGAACUUCCAACUUAAUAUUAAUCUAGGUCACUGUGUUCUGCUGUGUCAUUGAACAUCUACAUAAACGCAGUUUUCUUCGUCUCCAUAACAAUAUAUAUAUUUGAUAGAGAGAGAGAGAGAGAGAGAGAAAGAGAGAGAGAGAGAGAGAGAGCAACAGGUAUUAAUGCUUCACGUGUAACUCACAUUUCUGUAGAAACUGCAGCUGCCAAAUGUGGGACGUUGCAAGCAUAGCACACUCCUUUAAAAAAAUAGAUAAAGAGAGAGUGCGAAAUUUGCUUACUUAAAAUUAUGUAUAGCAUUACUCAAUUUUCUUUUAAGACUGUAAUAGAAGGCAAGUAUAUAUAUAUAUACACACACGUAGCUUUCGACCGCAGCUUGUGAUAUGUAUCUCUCAAACUUUAUCCGCCCCGACCCAAAGAACUUCUCAAGAUCGAGCAUGCCAUGCAGAAGACAUUUUCAUGCCCCCAUGGGCCUCUUAUUAUGUUGAACAAGUUAUUCUUCGGCUGGACACCAAUACUUAAUCAUUGAAACUUCCCUUGAUAUGCAAAUGAUCAGUUCUAUAUUUUUCAACCAUUUAACAUCAUUUGGCGACUCCUCAUAUGGUCCAUGUUGCUUUUUUUUUUUUUCAUGUGUUUUUAUGUCAUUUAAAUUGAAUAAAUUUGUGGUAAGGAUUUUGCUCAGUCAUUAAGGUUAUGUUCCUUUGGCUUCCCCAACAAAGUUGUACAGUAGAUCGAUUAUGGAUGGCAAGCAGUCCGUCCUCAUUGCUUUGAUUUAGGGAUUUGCCCUCCUUGCCCAAUAUUGUACACCAAUCCUUCUCUCGGAAUGAACAUAAAGAAACUAACGAUAGUUCUUUAUUUUUUUGAAUUGUUCUGCGGUUGCUCAAGACCUUUGGUCUCUUGUUUAUGACCUUUAUCUGUUGAGUUAGUCUACAUACAGUCUCCAAAUGGAGACUACAUGCUCAUACAAGUCCAUACAGU